AUGGAUAACCAAAGCUCCCAUCCGGAGUCUCCUUACGAGCAGGAGGAGUCUUAUCCUUGCAAAGGUUGUGGAGAGACUCUCGAAGAAGGGAAAGCGUUUGAGCUUGCUGGAAACCGGUGGCAUAUCGAUUGUUUCCGAUGCAGCACUUGCAGCACUCUCCUUGACUCGGACGCACAUCUCCUCCUGCUAGGCGAUGGUUCCUUAAUCUGUAGCAACUGCACCUACAGCUGCAGCUCCUGCAACACCAAAAUUGAAGAUUUGGCCAUCCUAACAGGCGACCAAGCCUUUUGCGCUCAAUGUUUCCGGUGCCGGAACUGCAAGAGGAAGAUCGAGAACCUACGCUAUGCGCGUACAUCACAAGGAAUAUUCUGUAUGGACUGUCAUGAAUCAUUAAUGGCAAGAAGGAGAAAACGGAAAGCUGGCGGCAGUAGUGGAAAGAAACCAGCAGGGCCUAAUGUGAAACUGGAUAAAUCUUUACCGUCAUUGCCUCCUCACCUUCUUGAGGAAGCCCAAUCAACGGACGAAACGCCCAGUGAAUAUGCAGGGACGCCGGACUUGGGGCGUAUGCCAGAUACACCAGAGUUGGACGAAAGGCCAGAAAGCUCGACGUCUAACCAGCUCGCUGAUACAGAUAACCUUAUUCUCCCCUCCAGCACAUACCGCAGCAGUCGUCAGUCAAUGGCCCGUAAUACUGACGCAGAUGGCGGUGAAUUGUUGAUUCCUCUUGCCUUUGAUCCCUCCGCUGAGGGUCGCUCCUCCCGUGGCCAUUCCCAGACGCGGCAAGAACCUAGUCGCGAUUACUUCAGUCAGGCUCGAUCUGGUGAAUCUUCCCACCGAGCAUCGCGCGACGGCCGCGAUUACUUGCAAGAGCCUCCUUCACGCACAUCUUCAGAAAACCCUUCGCCUCAUAUUGCCUACCAAGAAAAGAAUUGGGAACGUAACGAGCCCGGUUCGCCUGAUAAGGCGCCCCAUACCGGCGAUUCAUCCAAAUUUGGAAAGGAAAGCUCUGCUCGCAGUUCCUCCGAUAUCCCUAUCAGCUUCAGGGAAACCAACAACCUUUCUGGUGCUGCUAGUCCUGACAGUGGCAAUUUCAAAGAACUGCACAGUGAUACCAAGCGAUCAAUUCCGUUGGAUAGUAUUACCUCGGCUCCAGCUCGUCCUUCAAGCGAGCUUCAUCGUCUUCACGAACACGGCUCUGUUGAUUCGGGGCGCUCUCAACCCUCGGGUGUACCUAAUUUGCCUAAGCGCGGCGAUUCUCUCGAAGGCAGGCAUCACCAAAUCCCCAGGAAAGAAGUUGGAGCAUCGCCUGCAUCCUCGCAAUACGGGGAUUCUCCCAUGCUGCGUAGCGACACCUUUGAACAGCCCUCGCAACCCGCCCCGUUGAAGACAUCGAACCUUGAUUCCCUCCCACUUGACGGCCCCGCCUCGCCAUCCUUGUUACGGUAUAACAGCGGAGGUGACUUCUCGAUGGACGAGGAGUUGUCUCGAAUCAUUGAGGGCGAAGAUAUCGUUGGUCAAAGCAACGACUCUUUCUUGAGGCGCGUCUCCAACUCUGUCCGUCAUGGCCGAAGCUUCAGCGAGAAAAGUGUGCGGAUGGGCAAAGAUGGGAAGAAUCCAAGGUCCCCAAGAAGCGGAAGUAUAGCCGGAACAGAUGUCGGUAGCCCGAUCGUCGGGUCGCAAAGCGAGGAAAUCUCCUGGCUUCGAAAUGAGCUCCGCAAAGAGCGUGAACGAGUUGCAGAAUUGGAAGCUGCUGCUCGCGCCACGGCAGAUGUCAAGCAGGUCAAUACUGAACUUUCCGAGAAGCGGUCGACGAUGGUUGUUUUGGAUGCCCAGCGCGAAAUCGUUUUGCGUGAGCUCACGGUACUCACUGACCAUAUGGAAGCUGAGAAGCGAGGUAAAAAUAACGGCCCUUUGGAUCUCGGAAAGCUUUCAAAUCAUGUGCUGCGCGAGCUUGCAGAGUCCAUUCAAAAACUCAAGGAGUCCUACGCUCCGCAAAUUGAGAGCCUGAUUCAGAAGCGAAAUGAUCUUUCAGAACAAUUGGAAGAGAUGAACAGCAAGAAAGAGAAGAGCUUCCAAGAAUUCGAGCAACUUUCAGCGAAAAACGCACAACUUGCUGAGUUGAACAAUCAACUGGUUCACCAAAUUCAGGAACUCUAUAAAGCCACAGAAGGUCAUCAACCACGAUCAACUGGUCUCGGUAUCUCUCACAACAAAGAAAGAUCAACCACUUCUGUUGAAAUUAUGAAGCCUUACAAUGAGCUCCAGUCGUCGGGUUCGGCUGCUCACAUCGCAGAUGAGUCCGGCCCUGCUACUGCUACUGUUGUUCCCGGUCCCCAAGUUGUCAGCAUUCGCAAGGGUCAGCCUCGCAAGUUCAACUGGAAGAAGGGUGGCCAGAAUGUCGCCAAGGGUGUCAAGGGCCUCAGAACGUUAAUGGGUGAACAGGGCGAUAACGGCGGUCUACCACGUUCCCAAACUCAGGACCCUAGUCGCCAAGGCUUUGGUUUCUUCGGAAACCAAAAAAGCAAACAGGGUGGAAAGAUGUCACAAGCCGACAGCGUGCCUGUGUUGGCCGAAGCAGCACCCGCCUCUGGUGGUGAUGUUCUUUUCGGUACUGAUCUUGAACUUCGCAUGGAGCAUGAAAAGAGCAUCAUCCCUUUCAUUGUUACGCGGUGUAUCCAAGAGGUUGAACUGCGAGGCAUUGACAUGGAAGGCAUUUAUCGCAAGUCCGGUGCUGCUUCCGUUAUCCAGACCAUACGUGAAGGCUUUGAGAAUAAUCCGUUCGAAUUCGAUAUCUCUGAUCCUGAUCUCGAUAUCCAUGCGGUCACAUCUACUCUGAAACAGUACUUCCGAAAGCUGCCUAACCCUCUUAUCACCUAUGAAGUUUACGAACUAGUCAUCGACUCUGGUGAAGUUAACCCCGUCUCGGCGCGAAUUGAGCUUCUGCAGAAGAGCUUGCUCGAGCUGCCUCCAGUUCACCGAGAUGUCCUUGAGUUCCUCAUCUUCCAUCUCAGACGUGUGGUCGAACGCCACACUGAAAAUUUGAUGACCUUCCAGAAUGUGGCGGUGGUCUUUGCCCCGACAAUCAUGCGACCUGAAAGCCUCGCACGUGAGAUGACCGAUGUCCAGAAGAAGAAUGAUGUCCUCAAGUUCCUGGUGGAGAACUGUCACGAGGUUUUCAUGGGCAUGCAGAGCUAA